GCGCACAACGAGAUAUAAAACAACCCCCGCUGUCCAACCGUAGGUACGGAAUGUGAAGUGCAACUCAGCUCAACUCCGCCGCCACCGCCGCCGCGAUGUCUGCUCCUGCUACUGCUCCUGCGUAUACGACUGCUAAGCCCGUUACGGUUUCCCUGGCAGAGCUGGAGGACGGCAGUGUCUCCUCCGCCACGCUCCUCGCCGCCUUCGGCCCCGACUCCCUAGGCAUAAUUGUAGUGACCGGCCUUCCCUCACAGUUCACCGCCCUCCGCACACAACUUCUCUCCUACACCAGCCACGUCGCCGCGCUCCCGCCGGCAACGCUGCGCACGCUCGAGUCCCCCGACUCGAACUACCUCGUCGGCUGGUCAUGCGGCAAGGAAACACUCUCCGCCGACGGCCGUGUCGACACGCUCAAGGGCAGCUACUACGUCAACUGCGCGUACUACACGUCGCCCGCCCUCGAUGGCGCCGAGGGCGCCGAUAGGUACCCCGACUUUCCCGAGUACACGGCGGGAAACGUUUGGCCGCCGCUUGAAGGGUUCGAGGAAACGUGCAAGGAGCUCUGCAAGCUCAUCAUUGAUACCGCCGCGCUCGUGGCGAGAGCGUGUGAUCGCUACGCUGCCGAGAAUGUCGAGGGGUAUACCCCCGGGUACCUGGAACAUGUCGUGAAGACUAGCACGACGACGAAGGCGCGGUUGCUGCAUUACUUCCCGCCACCGGGCGAGGUGGCGGACGGAGAAGAGAAAGAGGAGGAUCUGGACUCCUGGUGCGGCACGCACCUCGACCACGGCUGUCUCACGGGUCUGACCAGCGCGAUGUACGUGGACGAGACCUCGACGCCGCCGGACAUUGCGCAGGGCGUGGAGCUGCAGGAGCUCUCUGGCCCGCCGGAUCCAGACGCGGGUCUGUACAUACGCGAUCGCAAGGGCCAGACGGUCAAGGUGGGGAUUCCGAGGGAUGCACUCGCGUUCCAGACCGGAGAGGCGCUGGAGAGGAUCACGAAGGGACGGUUUAGGGCCGUCCCACAUUUUGUGAGGGGCAUGAGAGCGGGCAAGGGAAGCGGCGUCGCGAGGAAUACGUUGGCCGUGUUUACGCAACCGAAUCUGUGGGAGAUGGUCGAUGAGACGAUGGAUUUUGCGGCGUUCGCGAAGAUGAUUGUCGAUAAGAAUACGGCCAUGUAGGGUGUGUCUUCUAUGCAUGGGCUCAAUCACAUCACUCUUCGUGUCAAACAACCAACCUGAGCCAACACUUGUGC